AUGUUGAGAUUGUUACUAUUAUUAUUAAUUGCAAUUCUGGCAGUGAGCUGCUAUCCUACGGACAAUGGCCUUCUAAUUCGUCUCAAGCGGGUUCCAUACAACGCACCUCCAGAUAAUUCAGAAGAACAGCCUUUUUGGCCCCCACCACCGCCAUUUUGGGCUCCACCAUUCUGGCGUCAAAAUCAAGAAGCUUCUCAAAGUUACAAAGAUAAUGAUUUUAGAGAUUCAAUUGCUGAUCAACCUUGUUCUGGUUGCAAAGGUGGCGCCGUAAGUACGUCACAAAGUGAUACUGGUGAUGCAAUUUCAGUUGCAAUUGCGAGAUCGUAG